CUUUAUCCUCUUCUUCCCCCUUUACCUAAAAAAUAGCCAUUUCUUCCAUUUUGGGAGCUCGCUCUCUCACUACCGUCUCCCUCUCCCCUCCCCAAAUAGUAUAUACCGAUUCUCUCUCCAUCGCCGUAUAUAUGUGUAGAACUGUGUAAUUUGAUUGUUCCUGCAAAAUCUGAUCUCUACUGCUACCUUCUGCGAUCGCCGCUCCGAGAUCGAAACGAUCGAUCGAGGAAGAAAAUGAAGGCUUCGAGCUCAGAUUCUCCAGUAAGAACAAUCGAGCGAUGUUAGAUCCAUUUGCUGUAAUCCACGUUCGAUCCAAAAUAUGGCUACGCAAGAAGAAAAAAACCACCCCCAAACUCUUCUUUUUGAACUAAUCCUGUAAAUUUUGUUCAACGUUUUUGUCCUUUUGUCUGAUGGUCCCGCGAUUGCACAGGUCCAAUAUUAGGGUUAGGGUUUCAAUUUUGUAAAGUUGGGUUUGUAUAUAGACAUAGAUGGAGUCAUGAAGGUGAGGUUGGGUGGAACAAUAUAAAAGGGUUCUGAAUCAACUGGAAAGUGGCGAAGAUGAAUUUGAGUACUGCCGAGGAAGAAUCGGCGGAUGAGAUACAUAUACCAGCCGAUAUAGAUUGGCACAUGCUCGAUAAAUCCAAGUUUUUCUUCCUCGGUGCCGCAUUGUUUUCGGGUGUUUCAGCAACUUUAUACCCUGUUGUGGUGUUAAAAACCCGGCAACAAGUGGCUCAAUCUCAGAUCUCUUGUAUCAAAACCGCGUUUUCGAUUGUUAGGCACGAGGGUUUCCGUGGUCUUUACAGAGGAUUUGGGACUUCAUUGAUGGGAACUAUCCCAGCUCGAGCAUUGUAUAUGACUGCCCUUGAGGUGACGAAAAGCAAUGUGGGGACUGCCACGAUUAGAUUGGGGUUUCCGGAGCCAACCGCGGCUGCUAUUGCCAAUGCAGCAGCUGGGUUGAGUGCUGCAAUGGCGGCUCAGCUUGUGUGGACUCCAAUUGAUGUGGUUAGCCAACGGCUUAUGGUUCAAGGAGGUGGUGCUAAUCCAAAAAUUCCUAGUGUGUCGUCAUGUAAAUAUCUUGGUGGGAUUGAUGCAUUUAGGAAAAUUCUAAAUACGGAUGGGGUGAGAGGUCUGUAUAGAGGUUUUGGAAUUUCAAUAUUGACGUAUGCUCCGUCCAAUGCAGUUUGGUGGGCGUCAUAUUCUGUUGCUCAACGUCUUGUUUGGGGUGGAAUUGGAGGUUAUAUUUGUAAGAAAGAUGAGGAGAGUAAUGAGAAUGGUGUGAAUGCUUUGAGACCUGAUCCAAAAACUGUAAUGGCAGUUCAGGGUGUUAGUGCAGCCAUGGCUGGUGGUGUUUCGGCUUUAAUUACAAUGCCAUUGGAUACAAUUAAGACCAGAUUACAAGUUUUGGAUGGUGAUGAGAAUGGCCGGAAAGGGCCAACUAUAGGGCAAACAGUGAGGAAUUUGAUCAGGGAAGGUGGAUGGACGGCUUGUUACCGGGGAUUGGGACCUCGUUGGGCUUCAAUGUCCAUGUCUGCAACUACAAUGAUCACUACUUAUGAGUUACUGAAACGACUUUCUGCGAAGAAUCAAGAGGGUUUGACAUCUUGAAUACACGGCAAAAUAACAGGACUUAAUCACUUCAGUUUCCCCUGGCAUCUCGUGUACUAAACUCUCUGGACCAGUCAAUCGUACGUACUGCAGGGAGAAGAGGGAUCCUGCGAAUAUUCAGUAAGGGCAUGCAGUGACUAACAUUCACCAAUCACCAUCAAUCCAGCAGCAAUAGUGAGGCUGGUCUAGCUUUCAAUAUCUCCUUGGUGGGAUCACUCCACUGAAGUGUUUUCAUCAUACAAUCUCUCUUCUCUUUAUGAAUAUAGUGGGUUGCAUUUUACCAAGUGGACCAGAAACUAUGAGUAAACAUUCAGCUGUAGCACUCCUCCAAAUUAUCAAAAGAAAAACAAGAAACUAUACCCACAACGU